UAUAGUUACUCAUAUCCAGGACGCUGUGUAUAAUGGGGAGAAAACUGGACCUUUCUGGCUUGACUGAUGAAGAAGCAGAGCAUGUGCUCCAGGUGGUUCAGCGAGAUUUCAGCCUUCGUAAGAAAGAAGAAGAAAGGCUGAGUGAAAUGAAGCAGAAGUUGGAUGAAGAAGGCAACAAGUGCAGCAUCCUUUCCAAGCAGCAGAAGUUCAACGAGCACUGCUGCAUUCGCUGCUGUUCCCCUUUCACAUUUCUUAUCAACAGCAAGCGACAGUGCCAAGACUGCAAGUACAACAUCUGCAAGAGCUGCAGCACUUACCAGAAGAAGGAGAARGCUUGGAUUUGCAGUGUCUGUCAGCAAGCAAGGCUCCUAAGGACUCAGUCUCUGGAUUGGUACUAUAAUAAUGUCAAAAGCCGCUUCAAGUGUUUUGGAAGUGCCAAGGUCCUGAAGAACUUGUACAAGAAGCAUAGACUCGAGAGUGGAGCUUGUCCUGAGACAAUAGCGGAAGGAAGUUURUAUGAAGGAAGCUUUGAGAAUGAAGGAAGCAUUUGUGGCAGUGACUCUACAUUCUACCAACAGACAGAAGGACACAGCAUGAUGGAUACCCUUGCUGUGGCCUUACGUGUUGCAGAGGAAGCAGUGGAAGAAGCUAUUUCUAAGGCAGAGACCUACAGUGACAGCCUGGACAAGCAGAAUGAAGCUUGUUACUUGCAGGAGCACAAGGAGGACCUCAUAGAAGAGCUGGCCACAACCAUUGUGCAGAAGAUCAUAAAGAAGCAGAAGAGCAAACCCGAGCAAGCUGAGGCCGACCUGGAAUGGCCACCAUCACGGAGCAGUGGCCUGGCAUCCGUGGCUGUGUCGGACCAGAGCAUGCUGACCUUCCCAGGGAGCCACCGCGGAUCCUACACCUUGUGGAGGUCUCAGUCUGCAUUCUCCCUGGCUAGUGAAGAUAYGGCCAGUAAAGGACAAGACCCUGCAUCGUCUGUGACCGAGGCUCUUCGGAGGCAGCAAAAGGGACAGUCCAGGAAGCAGAAGGAACGCAAGCGCUCUGCAUUACCCAGCUGGAAGAGUGUAGACAGGCUAAAUGAAACAAGUGACCAAGCGCUGGAACAGGUUGCCCAGAGAUGCUGUGGAGUCCCCUUCACUGAAGAUAUUCAAGAACCCGGAUGCAAUCCUGUGCCAUGUGCAGGUCCACCUUCCGUUUUCCAAAGCACUGAUGGAAACUGGGUGGCUUUGCAGAACGUCGCUCUGCCUCGGCCUCGAAUGCUCGCCAAACCAAAGAGUCAGGUGUUCAAAGCUUUGGAGAACGAGUCCAGCAUUGUGUCCGCCUACGACGAGAUGGGCUCGGACAGCGAGGAUGACUAUGACUGGAAUGUGGCCUUGAACAAGCUGCGGCGGAGACCGCGACAAUUGCCAGACGACUUCUACUACUCCGGUUCCCAGUAUGGCUCUGAGUGGGUUUAUGGCGACGAUCAGUACCAGGCAGUGACCUCCCCCUCCUCUGGCCUGUACACCAACACUGAGACACUGUUCUCUGAUUCCGAAACAUCUUCAGUGAACUCUUCCCAAGAAGCUAAAGGACCUAGCAAACUUCUCUGGUUGCAAAGCAGAACUCAAAGUGAUGYGCCCAGAAUGGAAAAGAAACAUUUCCACGGAGAACUGGAUGUAAAUUUCAAUCCACAGGCAACUAGCUUGGAGUAUUCGGACAGCAGUGAGACCGAAGAAGUCCAUUAUGAUGUAGAAAAGAGAUCAAGAAGGUGGAAGAACAAAGCCAUCUCUGAAGACUUAAGUGAAGAAAAGAAUCAGGCAAAAGACAACAAGAUGAUUUUAAGUCAGGUAAUUGUGUUUGAGCUUAAYAAAUGCAUUCUCAAAAAGAGCUGGSCAAAACUAAUUAGGCUAUGCUKGCAAUAUCAUGUGAAUCAUKAGUGGGAGUGGAGUGUUCUAGCAAGCUUUAUCUUCCUCAUGUCUCCUAAAUGA